AUGUCCUCUCACGCCACCAAUACCCUCAAGAGGCUUAUAGUUUCCAGUUUCUAUUUAGAUGCAUUUAUAGGCAAGAAGAUAUCUAAGAGGGUGAAAAAAGCUCGGAAGCAUAGUAAGGGGGAGCUUGGUGGAUUAUGUCACGAGGAGUUUGUUGAUAUUGGUAAAAGUCGAAGAACUACAAAGGAGAAGCUUGACUGUACCUUAUUUGGUGAUGAUGAAGGCAUGCAGCUAGCAGCCCUAAAAUACUUUCAUUUUUUCUAG